AUGCCAGCUAUCAAACCACCCGUCGAGGUCUCAUCCAUGGCCCGAAUGCCGACGAAGCUCCUGCUACGGUCUUUGCUUUUGACUUCGUUAAUGACAUCCAAGCUAUUCUUACGACCUGCGCUAGCAUUGAUGGGCGUCAUUGCGACAUCGAAAUCCCCGCUAUUGAACCCAGAUCGGAACCUACCCUUGAACAAGAUUCUUCGAUGGACGGUCUACAACCACUUUUGUGCUGGAGUAAACAGAGAAGAAGUCUUGAAAACUGUGACAGAGGUUAAGAAGAUGGGAUUUCAGGGCAUCAUCUUGGGAUAUUCGAAGGAGAUAGUGUUGGAUCACGACGAAAUGCUUUCGACCGAUGAGUCUGGCACAUCCCAAUACAGCGACAAAUGCUAUCAGGUAGUUGAGGACUGGAAAGAGGGAACAUUGGAGACACUGCAUAUGAUUGGGCCUGGUGACUUCCUUGGCGUGAAAUUGACUGGCGCGGGCCCUAUUGCAGUGGAUGCGAUGGCAGCACGCAAGCCUAUGCCAGAGGCUAUGGUCAAAGCCGUGGAUGAGAUUUGCAUCGAGACAGAAAAGCAAGGCUCACGUCUGUGGCUGGAUGCAGAGCAACAAGUCUUGCAAAAAGGUCUCGAUGACUGGGCAAUUGAAAUGAUGCGCAAACAUAACAAAUCACGGACACCAAUUGUCUACAACACUAUCCAGGGCUACCUCAAGGGAUCGAAGGCGAACCUUGACCACCACCUCACCUUGGCUGCACAAGAGGGCUGGAGCCUGGGUAUCAAGUUGGUUCGAGGGGCAUAUAUUGAGCAUGAAACACGUUCUCUCAUUCAUGACACCCAGGCGGAUACAGACCGGUCCUACGACCUCAUCGCCGACACCUUGCUUUGUCAACGAAUGCCCGAUGGGAAGGAGGACCUCCCAUUCCCUAACGCCGCUCUUUUCCUCGCAACCCACAACGCCGCUAGUGCAACCAAAGCGAUUUCUACACACCAGGAUAGGCUUCUCGCCAAUAAACCUACAGUCAUGCUGGAAUGUGGACAAAUCCAAGGCAUGGCCGACGAGCUCAGCUGUGAACUGGUGCAAAACUACGAACGUGCUCUCGAACAAUCCUCUGCUGCGAGCUUGACUAUGCCAAAAGCUUUCAAGUGCCUGCCUUGGGGCUCAGUUGCUGAGUGCAUGGGAUAUCUGCACCGCCGAGCAAUCGAGAAUCGUGGGGCGGUGGAACGAACACGACACAUGGUGACCGCAUUGCGCCGUGAGUUGUGGCGAAGGAUCGUCGGUUGA